CCCGCUCGCUCUCCGGCGGGGCUGAGGGGAGGCAUCAUGGCCGCGAAGUCGGACGGGCGGCGGAAGAUGAAGAAGGGCGGCGAGGUGGCGUUCACGCCGCUGCAGAACUCCGAGCACUCGGGCUCCGUGCAGGCGCUGGCCCCGGGGCUGCCCGCCGGCGCCGGGCCGGGCGGCGGCAGCGACGACGACGAGGCGCCCGGGGGCGGGUGCUGCGGCGGCGGCGGCGGCGGCGGGGACGGUUCGGGCGGCGGCUCCCGCUGCUGCUGCUGCUGCUGCUGCGGCGGCGGCGGCAGAGGAGGAGACGGCGGUGGGGGCGGCGGCGGGGGCUCCCGGGGCUCGGGCGGGGGCUCGUCCUCCUUGUGCCUGCGGCUGGGCAGGGAGCAGCGGCGCUACUCGCUGUGGGACUGCCUUUGGAUCCUGGCCGCCCUGGCCGUGUACUUCGCGGACGUGGGCACCGACAUCUGGCUGGCGGUCGACUACUACCUGCGGGGCCAGCGCUGGUGGUUCGGGCUCACCCUCUUCUUCGUGCUGCUGGGCUCCCUCUCCGUGCAGGUCUUCAGCUUCCGCUGGUUCGCUCACGACUUCGGCACCGAGGACAGCGCGGCCGCCGCAGCCGCCGGGCACUGCCCCGCCGCCGAGAGCAAGCUGCUGGUGAGCAGCGGCUCCGCGGCCGCGGACAUCGACGCCGCUCGCCCCUGCACGCCGCAGAGGCAGGCGUCCACCGCCAGCAAGAGCAACGCCACCACCAACAGCAGCAGCAACGGCGGCAGCAACGCGGUCGGCGCCGGCGCCGCCGGUCCCCGCGCCGGCAGGUCGGCGUCCUGCGCCUUCUGCAUCUGGCUCCUGCAGUCGCUCGUCCACAUCCUGCAGCUCGGGCAGGUCUGGAGGUAUUUCCACACAAUGUACUUGGGUAUCCGGAGUCGACGGAGUGGAGAGAAUGACAGAUGGAGGUUUUAUUGGAAAAUGGUGUAUGAGUAUGCAGAUGUGAGUAUGCUGCAUUUGCUAGCCACGUUUCUGGAAAGUGCACCACAGCUGGUCCUGCAACUCUGUAUUGUUGUACAGACUCGUACACUCCAGGCUCUCCAAGGUCUUACUGCUGCAGCAUCUCUCGUAUCCCUGGCCUGGGCUUUGGCGUCCUACCAAAAGGCCCUCCGUGACUCCCGUGAUGACAAGAAACCCAUCAGUUAUAUGGCUGUUAUCAUCCAGUUCUGCUGGCAUUUCUUCACAAUUGCAGCAAGGGUCAUUACUUUUGCUCUGUUUGCCUCGGUUUUCCAGCUGUACUUUGGGAUCUUCAUCGUGCUGCACUGGUGCAUCAUGACCUUCUGGAUCGUCCACUGCGAGACAGAGUUUUGCAUCACUAAAUGGGAGGAGAUAGUUUUUGACAUGGUUGUUGGGAUAAUCUAUAUCUUCAGCUGGUUCAAUGUCAAGGAAGGAAGGACACGCUGUAGGCUUUUCAUUUACUAUUUUGUGAUCCUUUUAGAAAACACCGCCUUGAGUGCUCUCUGGUAUCUGUACAAGGCCCCACCAAUCUCUGAUGCAUUUGCCAUACCAGCACUGUGCGUAGUGUUCAGCAGCUUUUUAACAGGCAUUGUUUUUAUGCUAAUGUACUAUGCCUUCUUUCACCCCAACGGACCAAGGUUUGGUCAGUCGCCAAGCUGUGCUUGUGAGGACCCUGCCGCCGCCUUCACUCUUCCCCCAGAAGUGGCAACAAACACUCUACGGUCCAUCUCCAACAACCGGAGUGUCACGAGCGAGCGGGAUCAAAAAUUCGCAGAGAGGGAUGGGUGUGUGCCUGUGUUUCAGGUGAGACCCACCGCGCCAUCCACACCUUCAUCCCGGCCACCAAGGAUUGAGGAGUCUGUCAUUAAAAUCGAUCUGUUCAGGAACAGGUACCCAGCGUGGGAGAGACACGUGUUGGACAGGAGCCUGAGAAAGGCAAUCUUAGCAUUUGAAUGUUCCCCUGCUCCUCCACGGCUACAGUAUAAAGAUGAUGCCCUUAUCCAGGAGCGCUUGGAAUAUGAAACCACAUUAUAAACAAAACAAAAACGCAGCUUGAAGAAGCUCCAAUGUUACAGUCCAAAUUAGGGGUUGACAGUAGGGCUGUAGGAUUAACUAAACUGCGUACUACAAGUAGAGCAGCAAGCUGUAGUGUUCUUAGUCUGGCUAUCAUCAUGAUUAUCAUUUGAUCCACUGUGUGCAGUCUGUCUGCAGGACACGGAUACAGCAGCAUCACCUGAAAGCCUCAAAAAAAACCCAAACCCUGACCCACAUGUCCAGAUCAGUUGCUUCAGCUGGGGAAACUCACCCACGACUCCUUGCUGCUGUGAAACUCUGACUGCACAGUACUUACAAUCAAAACAAAAGGAAGGCUCUGACCAGAGCUUUCAACUUUAACCAGUAGUGCAUUUUAUUUUAGAAAUGAAUGAUUGAUAUUUGCAUAAUCAAUGGCAAAAACAAACAAACCCUCUUCAAAAAUAACAAAACUGUAGCACACGGUGUUGCUGUUAUGAAAACUGUUUUCUGGGGAAAAAAUAGGAGCAUAGUAGUCUUCAACACUCCCAUAAACCAACCAUUCAGGGUAGAAUAGGUUUGCAAAAUAGUUCUUAAUUAAAAAGAUACAUUGUCAUGUUUGUAAGGCUAUCAGUGGAAGCUAAAUUCUGAGUAAUUAGGUCAUAAACAUUAAUACUACCAGAACUGUUUGUUUUCUGUGGAAUUUCAACGUCUUUUUAAAUGCUAUUUAGGUUCUUUAUGUUACUUUCAACAGAAAUCCUAUGCAGCUCACUUCUGGUUUUCAGGAGAAAUAAGGAGCUCUAGCACGUAGUGAUGUAAAUUAAAUGAUAAUCAUGAUUCAGUGUUCAAUUUGCAAAAAAAAAAAAAAAAAAAAAAAAAAAAAAGAUGUAUAUGUAAAAGAACAGGGAAGUAUAGUUUUCGUAUUCUAAACCUUUUGGAGGAGCCCAUUCAGAUAUUUCAGAAGAAACUACAAGGAGAUGAACACGCUGAAACUUCUCUGUUUCAGGACUGGGAAUGCAUGAUUCAGUGGGUGAAUGUAUGUAGGGGUGACAAGAGACUGUGACGUGCCAUACCCUUCUAGUGCCAAACAUUGUAUAACUGCAAGGUUGAUAUUGCCUGAGGGACAGAUAACGAGUGGCACGAGCCCUACCAGAACAAGAAGCAGGAAAGACCAAUCAAGUUCUCAACGUGUAGAGACAGCUCUGAUUUUUCCCACCCAAGGUGAAAGUGAUGUCUUUUAAAGGCUUUCAGUCACCUCUUAGUAAGUAUAUCCACUGAAGUAUAAUAUAAGCAAAUUAAGUGGAAGACCCUCUUCUGCCUGUUCAAGACUUGUGUUCAAAUAUGUCAAAAAAUUACAUUGAAUCUCUUGUAAUAGAGUGCUUUUGCUGCAAGCUUUUGGGUUUUAAAUACCUCCCUAAAUCUAGUCAAUGGUAUCCUCCUUUAUGUUAAAAGUAUCCCCUGAUGGUGCUUUCAGAUGCAUUAAAGGUGCAAGUCAAAAUUUGAUAGUAUUUUUUUUAAAGCUGGUGCAGAGUGAAAAACUCAUGAAUUAUUUCAAUAUUUUUGUAAACUAAAAAUAUGGUAUAAAAAGGUUACUUUUUAUAAACCUCAAAUCUUUUAAUACAUUUCAUUCUCUUUAUAGCUUAGAUUUUAAGAAUUGGUCCAUGAAUUUUAUCAACUGGCUUCUGCAGGUUGAUAUAAACCUGGUUUUCACACAUUAUGGAUUUGUUUUGCAGUGUAAUGCUAUAUGAAAGCCUACAUGGGUACUUUUAGAAUACUCUAUAAACCGUGGAUCCUGCUUCAAAAGUAAGUGGCUUGUAAAGACACCAAGCGAUUCCAUAAGAAACAAUUUGCUUUAACUAUUUCCAUCCACUUUAGGAGAGUGAAGCAGAACUGAAGAGUUACUGUUGUAAAUGGCUUUGUCAGGAUGGAGAAGACCUGAUGAUUGGUAUUGUAAUCUUCACUGUCAGGUAUAUCCAAUGUAGUCACUGCUGUAUAUGCUGCCAGGCAAAUUUCUGUCUUUUCCUAUUAUUAAUAUUUGUACUAUGAAAUGGCCAAGGUUACACAGACUGUGUUUAUUUGUAUGCGUUCAAUUAGCCAUUUUUAAUGUUGACUUUUUUUAUUAGUGAAAUGUUCGAUACCUGUUGUUCUUUGCUGGGGCGAGUUCCACAGAACAAAACAUCUGUGAAAGUACAGGAAUCUGCAAGGCAGAGGGAACUUUACACAGAUUAGAAAACUCCCAAGCUUCAAGGGUUUCUUAGGUAUUUUCAAAUUAAGCAGUGGCCAGCUGCCUCUAUAAUAAUUUUUUAAAUAAAAUAAUUCUUUGAUAGUCCAAACCUGAAGCUCUGUACAAAGUGAUUGUCUUUCCCUCCAUGGAGUUACAGCUGAUUAUUCAGUGAAAAACGUUCAUAUUUUGUCAGAAAAUAUACCACUGCAAGAACUGCUAAAAAAAGAUUUUAGGAGCAAGUCCUUUGUCCCAUCAAAUUCAGUAAAGCCUUCACUCCAGAAUCAAACACUAGCUCACACAAGAAAAUUGCUGAUUUUCUUUACAAACAAGGCAAAAGGUAAGCUUUGUAGUCCUAGAUGUGGAAACAGUUUGAUGCGUUUGCCGCUGCUGUAGCAACUCAGAAAUUUUAGCAGAAGCGGGGCACAGGGGCAGUGCUCUUGAGCUCUCGCCUUCCUCCUGGGGAGAGGGGCAGCAUCGCAGCUGUCAGCGAGGCUUGUCCCCUACUGAUGUCCCUUGCAUCCUGCCUUGCUCUUCCUCGCAGCUGUGAGCCCUUUAGUCAGGGCUUACAGAACCCAACAUUGCUUCGUACAGAAUUUAAAGGGUUACAGUCUGGACCAGUGCUUGCAUUGCAAGGUUUCUGAAGAAGGUUUGGGAUGAGUUUGUUUGAUUUGCUCUUGUUUGGUUUUGGAAGGAAGGACACUGAGGUGUUAUUUAUCCAUUUACUUUCUUUGCUCUCCCAGCGUUUUUAAUUUUUGUUAAUACUGUUUGUAAAAAUGUUUAUCUUAAGCAAGCUACUGCAGGGUCUGAGUGCACAACACCAUACGUGGCAGUAGAUAUACAUACCUUGUCUUCAGAAUUCAAUCUGGCUGUUUGAGGAAGGGGGAGAAGUCAUUUUACACUGAGUUAAAAUCUUGUCUCCAAAAUCUUGCUCUGUUCCAUUUGUAACAUCAGUGAUACUUGCACUGAGAACAGGGUGGCCUAAUGUUCAGAUGACUAUGCGGCCAGUUUCAUAAUUUGAAUUUCUGUGAAUAGUCGCAUUAAAAGCUGUAAGAAUUUUUUAUAGAAAUUGUCAAGAUUUAACAUAGUCCACGUUGAAAUUCCAUGAUGGCCUUAUAGACAGUUAAUAACCAAUAUGCACCAUUCUUUUUACCAUAAACAGUUUUAAAAUCAAUAAAGUUCAGUUAAGACAGCAAUAGCAAAAAAAAAAAAAAAAAAAAAAUCAGGUCUUUUAAAUUUCAUUCCAGAAUACAGGAUAAUAAAGAAUUCAUAAUUAUAUUCUGGUAAAGAAAAGCAAUCACAUCUCUUUCUAUAAGUAAGAGUUAUGUAAGCAUUGUUCUGAUGAACCAAACAAUUUUGCCAGCACAUUUAACAGAGCUUAUCUGGUUAAAGACUUGGUCCUAAAAUUUUGAGAGUUGUGGAUUUGUAUGUUACAGAAAAGACAAUUUAACUAGUAUCCACUACUCUAGAUAAAGGAGAGGUAAUGCAUACCCAUGUUCAUUCAGAAAACAUAUAAGAAAAUGUAAGAUAAACCUUUUGUCUUAUUUUAAAAGUUAUUUGUUCUAUAGUGGGAUAAUUUUUAAAAAAUACUAAUUAUUUGAAAAUGUGCAAUACUUUUUUCCUGCAGAUUUAAUAAUGAAAAAAUGGUUUCCACUUUUGUUUAUGUCAGUUUAAAUAUGCUUCUUGUGCUAGAACAACGAUUCUGUACUGGGGUUAUAUGGGCUUGAUGGCAUAUAAACAAUAUUUUCACUGGCAAAUCAACACGUUUUCUAUUAAUUAAUUUCUAUAACAUUAGAGAAAAAUUUCCUUCCAAAAUUAAAUGCUGGGCCUCGGCUGCCUGAUUUUGUAAACUUAUAAGCAGAGGAGGUAAAUUAAAAUUAUAUUUGAGCUGCAAUUUUUAAAUAUGUGGUGAAUAGCUAUUAAACCCAAAUUCAUUUAAAACAUAUGGUAGUCUAGCCAAUAUAUCAUUAUCUCCCCAGAAGAACAAUUCAUGAAUGGUACUAAAAGUAUGAGUGCUGCUUUAUUUGGAAAGGGACGCCUAAUCACACAAUAUAUUCAUUUACUUUUUAUUGGUCAGCAAAUACUCACAACUGGCCUGUUGUUUUUUUUACAGCCCAAAUAAAACAAUUUUGAAGUGUUUGUGAUUUGUUCACACAACUCCUUAAGAGCCUUAAAAGUGGUGCUGUACUGAAUUUAGCUGGUUCUACCAGUGAUUCGGCUCCCAAAGCCACUGCCCUUUCUCUGCUCUGUCCCUGAAGUCAUGCAAUCCAGAGUGACUGAGAUGCUGUGAUUUACUCUGCAUCCCCUGCACUGCCCGCAUAAUGCCAAGGAAAAGACUUCAGCAGGUUACUGGGGUCCUAACUGUUGCCUCUCUUGCUCCUGUGCAUGGUGGGAAGCAGAGUAAAUUGCAGUUGUGCAUCCAUGGAAAUAAGCUUAUUUAAGUUGAGCCCCUACAAGAGAUGCAUGAUGAAAAUAAUCACAUGUCCAUGAACUUACAAGCCCAACACUUUAAUUACUAAUUCUGUAGUAUAACAAUGCAGAACAUGGGAAGAAUUGUCUAAAUACACAAUAAGCCAUUUAAUUUUGCUAAUUGUAGCAAUUAGACUAUCUCACAUGAAGCCCGUGCUCCCAGCAGAAAGCCAAAGGGAGUAAGUGGCAAACAGCCAUUUAUAUACCAGAGACGUUAUGUUACAAAAUCUUCCCUUGAUUGUUUAUAGAAUUAUGUCUUUUCGGUAUGGCAUUGAAUCCAUUCCUCUUUAUUCUGAUAAAACAGAUACAAUGCAAAAUGAGAACAGAUUCUUUUAAAUCUGGGAAUUAAAAAAACAACAGAUUACUGCAGUUCACAUAUAGUGAUUUUUUGAAACAAAUUCCAUCAUCGUUUUCACUUGACUGCAGAUUGCUGAGUGAUCUGCUCCUGAGAUGAUUUCUCACAUCUGGUAUGAGCAGAUUUCAUUCAGGAGAGACAGAGAUGACCUUGUAAUGCCUUGCUCGCACAAGGCUAGGGGAGUAGUGUCACUAAUCUACCGAUCAUUUACAAAGCUUUUUUAAUCCAUGGGGGUUCCACUGGGACCAUUUGUUUUACUGCAGAGAACUCACUGAGGGUGAUUGGUGGGCUUUCUUCACACCUACACUGGGAUGAAUAUGAGAAAAUCAGGCUCCUGGCCUUGACUGAAUAACUGCAUGAAUUCAGACCACGGUAAUGAAAGUCUUCACCUCCUAGCUCCUAACCAAAGUCAGCUGGAGAUCUGCUUCAUACCAAAGAGCCUGAAUGUCACUUGGCUCCACCAGAAAUACAUGCUCUAAGCUUAGUGCUAACUCAGCACGAAUCAAAACACUUCUUCUUUCCUUUCUAGAUCAAACAUUUAAGAAUAUACCCAUUUUGACCGAGUGGCCAUUUUGUGAUCCUUUUAAGGAGACUUUGAAAAAUAUCUCUGAAACGAGUCACUUCUAGUAAUCCUUACAAAAACCAAUCGCUGACCAGCACAUUCAUUAAAAAGAACUUUUUCUAAACAUGUAAGCUUGGCUCCUGUACUUACGUUUUGUUCUGAAUGCUUAGCAUUUAACUCUUAGGCAGAAGAUCUUGUAUACCCUUUAGUAAGCCAUGUGCCUACUCCAAAUCCCAGAGCAAAGAGGACGGAUAUGCAAGAUGAUGGGGAAAAAGUCCUCUUCAGCAUAUUUAUGGGGUGAUUUGCAUGAGCUAGAGAGGUAGGAGAGAAGCUUGAGUUAUAGAUGUAUUCAUUGACAGAGGUUUACAAGAAAUUGUGAGAUAAGCAACCAACUAAUAGAUCAAAUCUAAACUUCUAUGUGCAAGGCACUGUGAAAUAAAAACAGCCAAGAAACUUUAAAGUAUAACCAAAAAUAUCAUUUCCAGGAAUGAUUGGGAUAAACUUCAAAAUGUAAAGGAUUUGUCAAUGUAACUAGAUGCUACAUUCAUAGAAAGACAGACGUGACUGCUGUGGAUACAAACAUUUGCUGUAUCUGUAGAUUUCAGCCUGUUAUUUCAGAUAUCCUUGGAAGCAAUUGCUUCUGGAUCUUACUUCAGGGCAUGCAGUAGUUGUAGGCAUGCUAACAGCUUUUCUACACAAGAUCCGUUCUGCUGUAGGAAAGUCCACGUGCUUUUAACAAAGCGUUGGUUUGGGGUUUUUUUGCGCUGAACUGAACCUCACAAAAGCAUUUCUAGUGUGAAAUAGGUGUGUCCACUCAGCCACCUAGUGUGUACAGGGAACUGCGAAAAAGAAUUUCUCUGAUAAGUGAUUUCCUCGAGGUAAAAAAGCUGCUGGUUGAAUGUCUUGAAGAACCUUCAGAGGCAUAACAUAGUGGUAAGGCAAGAUGUAGGCCACGUUUGGGUGCUAUGAGUCCACUCAGGGCAAGGCCUGGUCAUAGUCCAGCACUCUCUCCCCCACCUCAUGCACCAAAGAGCCCGCAGAGAGGAAAAUCACAUGCAUGGGCUGGACUAAAGCCACAACACACGGGGAGCAGAUACCUGGCAUGCUGUGGCACAUGUGCAGAGGUCAGAACAGGCACACUGGGGGCCUUGGACUAAUACUGUGAUCCUCCGAACUGCACUAACCAGGAGCUCCUGAACUUUUUAUGCUAGACAUUCACGCGCCGAAAAUUGGCUCCUGGACUUGGUCAGAAACACCUUGGUCUUCACAGUACAGAGUAGCUCAGCUCCUACCUCCCACCUAAGCCUGCCAGUAUCCCCUGAGCAAGUAUUCUUCUGCCCAUCCUACCUGAAGGACUCGGGUCCUCUGGGAUGCUAUCAGACAGAGCUUUGCACAGAAGUACUCAUGACUGCUUUUCCAGCAGUAGAUUUGUAGUAAACAGAGACCAAGGGGAGAGCCAGGCUCCGUGAUCUCUUCAGUUAACAAUGAUUCAUAUCUCUAGCUACUAUCUCUCAGGGGAAGGCUGUAGGGCUGCACGCUACUGUGAAGAAGGGCAUGCUCCCUCCCUCAUAUUUUGAGGCUGUUCUUCCUCUUUGUGGAAAAUGUAAAGGUUAUCCGGUGCAAUGUAGACAUACUUCUGGUAUUUUGAUGUAUUCAGUCCCCUUGAGGGGAGCGGAGGACUCUGAGGUUGCUGCACAUGUCCAGUGCCACUGCCUGCGUCCAGCCAGAGUAAUGUCUACAGUGAAAAUUUGAGGCAGAUGCAAAACCACUCUGCUCACCUUCCAACCUGACCAAAAGCUGUAUGAACAUGGUUAGCACUGUGACAAAGCCUGAAUCUCUGCACACGUCUUGAAUCAGGUCUCUUAAUGCACUGUGUGCUACUCUGGCCACGUUCACCUGGUUUUCUGCUGGAGCUCAGGCAGACUUUGUGCGUGCCCCAGAGCUACACCCUGUAGCUCAUCCAUAGUUCCCCGAGGCAGUGGGGCCCUCCCUUUGCAAGCCCAGUUCUUUCGCCAAACAAAGAUCACCUGGGGCUGAGCAAAGGGCAAACAGGCUCUGUGCUGUCUAGUGAAGCAUGUGCAGCAGACACGGUUUCUCUGGACAGUACGUUUGAACCACAGUUGUGUGCAAAUUGCCCAGGUUAUGGUGAAUGCAAGAAGUAAGUUCAGUGCCCACAGUUUGGAGCAUGCUAUAAAGAGUUCUCUUUGUGAAAGUGUUUGUCAUGAUAAAAAUAGUAGGAUCAUGUCUCAUACUUGGGAACAAAUUUACAGUAUCAAAUGCAUUUUUCUCUAUAUAUAUAUACACGUAUAUAUAUGUAUGUGUGUGUGUGUGUGUGUGUGUGUAUACACAUGACAAUGAGUCCUGAGAUUCUAUUAGGAUUCAAUCUUACAGUUCAUUUAAAUUCUAAACCUAAAAAAAAAAAAAGCAUCAGGAGCAUGGUCAUCAAGGGUAAUCAAAUGAUAACUGAAAAAAAAUUACAUUAUUGGAAAACACAUUCCAGUCAUUAUUAGAGACAGCUUUGCAAUGUAUUAUGCCAGUACUUUAAUGAAAAGUUGCGGAGGAAAUAUGUCUAAUGCUUUAUUUCAUCAUCUUAAAUAUUUAGGUAAAAGAACAGAGUUGGAGAGGGGAAAUAAAUAAAAGAUUUGUACAAAAUAAAUGAGGAUUUAUCACAUUUAGUUAAUCAAAGGAGAAAAAAAAAACAUAUAGGCAAAUGACAAAGGGAUCAAUUAAACCUUCGUUUCAUUUAAUGUUGGUUGCAUUUGUUUCACUAUCAGUUACCAAUGUCAGUAGUUUAUGAAGGAAAUAACCUGCAAUAAUUAGGAUGGUUUACUUGAAUUUUGACUGAAGAACACUGGAUAGUGUUUGUUAUCGAACACAUGUGUAGUUGCCUGAUACAUGCUGUCAGAAGGAAAGAUUUGCUAGUUCAUGGAUUACCUACUGAGGAUAAAUUUCAGAUGCAUGUAUUUGAAAACAAUACCCCUGUCAAUUUAAAUGUAUCAUGCAUGCAUAGUGGCUAUUUCUGAAAUUUUAAUUACUGAUGCUUUUUUCAGUAUGUAUUCUAUAUUAUAGUCUGUGUAACCCGGAUUGUUUCUUAGACAGUGUUCAAUCAGAGUUAGUUAUAAAUUUUAUGAAGUUGAGGAAAAGAUUAUUAGCCAGUGAAAAAACUUGCUGCACUGAAGUUCAAGUAUAUGACUUGAGUUCCUGACCUGAGUCACCAUUCAGCAUCAAGGAUAGUCUUUGAAAAAUAUAGUAACUUUCCAGCAGGAUCUGAUUGAUGGACAGAUAGAUCUAAAAUUUUCGCAGUGACUGGGUCAGACAACAACAGUAGCUACAGAGAGAAAGUUAAAAGCAGUCCCUAAUGACUCCCAGCCUCGUUCCCUGCAUUUCCAUCUCAGGACACACGUAGCCUUCGUGUCAGCCAGCACCCACGCGUGCUGUGAUCACUCCCAGCACCGGCUCUCUGGGUGUUCGCUCUUGCUGAAAUGGAAAACAAAGUAGGCAGCUCGUUUCCAGCUCCAGUUCCCCCUGGGUUAUUGGGCUGGCCCACGGGAGAUAUUUCACUGAGAACACUUCAGCCAUCAGUGAGAAUGCCACACCGAGCUGGGCAGGAUUUAGCCUCUAGACAGCACUGUAUGGACGAUGAAAAAUCUUCUUUUGUCAGCAAAGGGGGCAGCUGCCACUAUUUGUAGUCGCAAAGUGCCAGCAUAUUGUCGUGUGUUUGUGGCUGCUAUCAAUUCCUCCUUUUUUAUUUUAUUGGAACAGCUUGGAACUUGUCAAGCUUUGCUUAGGUUGAUUUGCAGCUAAUUAAUUCAACAGACAUUUUUAAUCUUGCAAAUUUGUGACUUGUAAUACGGUAAUCAAGCUCCCGUGAGCAAACAUUAAUCAGUUAGGGAUUAAAAAAAAAAAGUCCUUGUUAGCUGUGUUCAGCAUGGUGCCCACACUGGUAAGAGAGAUCUAGAAGAAAUGCAACAUUAGUAAAUUCAUUCUAGCUAAGCUUUCAUCAUUCAUCUUAUGAAUCAUUCAUCCAUUUGAUUUGUUUUGUACAUGUGAGGAGUUGUAUUUAAAAGAGGAUUGCUGGGAUUGAGACAGCUCCAGUUACUGUCAGUGGGGAACUGGGCAAAUUUCCUUCUGGUCCUCUAUUUCCUUAUUAACCAAAAAGUCAUUCUGGCCAGCAGCAGUACAAUUUAAUUUCUGAGAUGACUGCGCUGGUUGUGGAACAUUUUAUCCUGGAGAAAUGACUGUAACAAAACAGAUACUGCAUUUACUAACAGCACUAAGAACUGAGUGAAUGAGUGGAGAAAAUAUUUUAUUUAUUGCUUUUGACACACAGGUGGACUUUAGCUACUUUGACAGGAAGCAGAAGGGAAAAAAAAAAAAUAUAAUGUUGCCUCUAUCAAACCUGAUCUCUGAAUAAAGAAAGGCUUGUGAUCAGCAAAGCAUUUAAGUCCUUUCAUAAGCAGGAAGGAUGUAGGUUAGUACACUUGCAGUUUAUGAAAAUCGGUAGGAACGAGUGAGUGGUUUAAUAUUUAACCUAACUCUGGUACUUGGAAGAACAUGGUUACAGCAACACAGGACUUGGCAUGAGCUCACAGCUUGGCUGUACCCACUCCUGGUACAGAUUUUUCAAACAGGGUGCUGUCACAGCCCCCUCCAGUUCGUCUGCACAGGGUGCAUGUGUAUGUACGUCAAUGAGCAAUCUGUACAUACGUUUUAUGGAAGCACCUCCACUGGUAACCUUAGCAGGAAGGCCAGAGAUCAAAAAGACACAAAAGCAAAGAAAUGAUUCCUCCAGUCAGGAUUAAGAGAUGUUUGUGAAACACUGUGGAAAAGCUGCCCCUGCUGUUUCAGUGGAUAAAGAAAGGAGCAGAGUCUUUUAACA